UGCGUGGUGAAGGUGGUGCAGCGGAGGUCGGGACGACAGGAGCAGCAGAGGAAGAGAGUUGUGAGGACCUGGCGCAACCGCAGCCUGUCACGCACGGACGGCGAAAGAAGUGGGCCUUGCGCUGCGGCUACGCCGGUUCGGUGCGCCGGGGAAACUCAACACCAUGGCGACGAGUCGGCCGCGGGUGCACAUCCGUCGGCCACGAUGCCCACGGCGAGAGUGGGAAUCUGUCUGCCGGUGCAUCGCCCAUGGCAGAGAAGGGGCGUCUGUCUUGCCCUCCGCCACGCUGCAUCGGCCCAUGGAACAGCUCCCAAUCGCCCGGCCAGCCUUAUUCAGAGGCAGCCCGUGCCAGCUUCAUCCAUGGGUGGACCUGGCGCCGUUCGCGUCGUCGCUCCACAGCCCUUAGUUCCAGCUGACAACGUCAAACACGUCGAGUCAUGAUGAGCGCAACGUGGCUGGCACUAUGAAAGAACAUAAACCAGCACACGUCGACACAACUCUCUGCGCAUCCCUCGUGGCGGCGGCCCGUUCCUUGUCGUCACCGGUCGGAUCGGAUGCAGAUCCGAUAUCGCGAGCCUUGGGACUGCCUGUGCCGCUGUGCCGCUGUGCCGCAUAUGUUCUUGCUCGGCUGUGCCUGGACAGGAUGCUAGACGGAAGGAUACUAGACGCACGACAGUGUCUCAAAACGUUCCGGCCACCUUUCCACGCACUGCGUAUUAAAUCAUAUCGAGUAACUACGCAUUGCGUUUCAUUUCGUGAAGG